UACUGAGUCAGUUAAGUUUCAGCUCGCGCCGUUGCUAAGCUACUUGUUGGCAAAUGUAGUUAGCUAAACUAGCUUCAAAAAAUCUUCUCUAUAAAAGCUGGUGGAUCUACAGUGGUGUAAUGGCUGUGGCGAUGACUUCAACCUGCCCGGGCCUUUACUGUGGAAAAAGCUUCAUUAACGGGACAAUUGGAGAAUGUGGGGUGUGUCCCCGAGGUGAGAGAGCAAACCUGGAGAAGAUCUGUCAGAAGUGUACAGGUUCUCCAGAGCUCUAUGACUGGCUCUACCUGGGCUUUAUGGCCAUGUUGCCGCUGGUCCUGCACUGGUUCUUCAUCGAGUGGUACUCUGGCAAGAAAAGUUCGAGUGCAGUGCUGCAGCAUGUGACGGCAUUGUGCGAGUGCAGCGUGGCGGCGAUCAUCACUCUGCUGCUGAAUGAGCCGGUGGGUGAGCUCACCAUCCGCUCCUGCAGGGUGGAGAUGCUCUCUGACUGGUACACCAUGUUGUACAACCCGAGUCCAGACUACAUCACCACACUGCACUGCACCCAGGAGGCUGUCUUCCCUCUCUACACCAUGGUGCUGAUCUACUACGCCUUCUGCCUGGUGUUAAUGAUGCUGCUUCGACCAUUGCUGGUGAAGAAGAUCGCGUGCGGUUUGGGGAAGACCGAUCGGUUUAAAAGCAUCUAUGCCGCACUGUACUUUUUUCCCAUCCUCACCGUGCUGCAGGCAGUUGGAGGAGGACUUCUUUAUUAUGCAUUUCCCUACAUAAUUCUGGUCCUGUCAUUGGUCACGCUGGCUGUGUACAUGUCUGCUUCGGAGAUCCAGUCCUUUAAGAACCUUGUGGCUAAAAAGAAGCGCCUGGUGGUGCUGUUCAGCCAUUGGCUCCUUCAUGCUUAUGGCAUCAUCUCCAUCUCCCGAUUGGAUAAACUCGGGCAGGAUCUGCCGCUCUUGGCCCUUGUGCCUGGACCCGCACUUUUUUAUUUACUCACAGCCCGCUUCACCGAACCCAAUCGCAUUUUAUCAGAAGGAGGAAACGGACACUAAGGCACUGAGGACUUGUGUGUGUUUGUGUGGUGUUAUUACCUUCUCAGUACACAACCUACAAGACUAAUUUUGGAAAGGAAGUUUUUUGUCUGUCCUGCAGGAAGUAAUUAUAAAGUUCCAUGUUCAGUUCAAAUAAAUUAUUUGUGAAUCUUUGCUGCUAUUUUAAACAAGUGUUUAUUUAGAAAUAACAUUACCUAGCUUUAAGAGAUUUGAGCAAACCUGUACAAGUGUACAGUUUGUGCAGGUCUUAAACUUUUUCCUCAACCAGAGCAAAUCAAUGUUCUGUGCAUGUUUAGUUUAAAUAAUAAUUCAAUUAAUUCAUUGAGAAAGUAAAAAUGUUUAAAAGAAAAAGAAGUAAGGCUUUAAGUUUGCAUGAAAUUUGUUUUAUCAGAAAAAUAUGGGUGUUAAAGCGGCGCCCUGAUGCUGGAAAGUCUUUGGAAUCUGGUUUGUUUUUUUUUCCUUUUUGAUUCUUCUUAUGUAGAGACACUGAACAUUCGUUGCUUUGCAUCUGAGCUAAAUUAUAACUGAAAGGUACAUUUUCCUAUGUUUGUUUAUGUUAAUUUGUACAGGUAUAAUGAUGAAUGUGUUCAUUUUUUCUUCUUUCUCUACAUUGUUAUUACAGCUGGUCUGUAAAUGUUAUUUAUACUGUUAUUUGAGUUUUUUUUUUUUUUUUUUUUUUUUUUUGCAAACUACUUUGUGCCAAACUAUCGCAUGUGUGAUGUGAGAAUUAUAAAUGUCUUUCUGGGUAAAUAAUGAUCACCUGCUGUGUACGUGAUAUAUCUCUUUAUCUCUAUAUCCAUAUAUGUAGAGACUUUUUAAAAGCAUGGUUUGUGUGUUUGUACAUAUGAGAAAAUAUUUAGAAAAAAAUGUCUCUGACUCCUGCAUGUAAAUGUAACUGUUCAGAUUUUUAUUGUUCAGUGCAAUAUAAAGGAUUAAAAAAAAUACACUGCCAUUGGUGAGUUUCAUGUGUUAAUGUGACAAAUUUGGCUUUUCUCAUGUUUUAUAAAUAUCACUGUCAUUUUUUUUUUUAUAUUAUUCCUUGUACACCACAAUAAGUUAAACUCA